UCAUUCCUCCCAACCCAAGUCCCACAACCCCCGCACCCACAAAAACAGGACAAAACACUGCCUUUGAAGUUUGAACCAAUAUAAAGAAGCAGACAUCCCUUGACCCUGCCUCUUAAAUUGAGAGAGAAAGAUAAGAGACUUUGGCUCCCUUUGCGUUUGUUUCACUUUAGCUGCUGGAGAUUUGUUUCUGUGUUGAGCAACUUUGCUUGCUCUGCAUAUGAAACAGGGCUUUCCCUGGUGAAAAGUUUAUAGCAAUGAAAUACAUUAGGACCAACAGCUUGAAACGGCUAUUCUCACUCAAAUGGAGAAGUUUAGAAGAAGCCACAAGCCUAAAUGGUUCAAAAGGGGAAGAAAACAAUGGAAGCUUCAAGAACGUUGAAGAAGCUGAGCUUUCUCCCAAACCCACCUGGAAAUGCUUUUCCUAUGAAGAAAUUUCUGAUGCCACCAAUGGUUUCAGCUCAGAAAAUUUGGUUGGAAAAGGAGGCUAUGCAGAGGUGUACAGAGGAAUUCUAAAAGAUGGUGAGGAAAUUGCAGUGAAGAGGCUCACAAAAGCUGUCACUGAUGAAAGGAAAGAGAAGGAGUUCUUGAAUGAGAUUGGGACCAUUGGCCAUGUGUGCCAUCCAAAUGUCUUGUCACUUGUGGGUUGUUGCAUUGACAAUGGGCUUUAUCUCAUCUUCCAUUUCUCCUCUAAAGGCUCUGUUGCUUCUCUUCUCCAUGAUGAGGAUUUACCACCCAUGGAUUGGAAAACAAGGUACAAGAUAUCUAUUGGGACAGCUAGAGGCCUCCAUUACUUGCACAAGGGCUGCCAGAGAAGGAUAAUUCACAGGGACAUCAAGUCCACAAAUAUUUUAUUGACUCCAGAUUUUGAGCCACAGAUAUCUGAUUUUGGACUAGCAAAAUGGCUUCCAUCUCAAUGGACUCAUCAUUCAAUUGCUCCAAUUGAAGGGACAUUUGGGCACUUAGCACCUGAGUACUAUUUGCAUGGAAUUGUGGAUGAAAAAACAGAUGUGUUUGCUUUUGGGGUUAUUUUAUUAGAGCUCAUUUCAGGCAGAAAACCAGUGGAUGGCUCUCACCAAAGCUUACAUAGCUGGGCAAAACCAAUAUUAAACCAAGGAGAAAUUGAAAAGCUAGUAGAUCCAAGGCUUAGAGGGGCCUAUGAUGUUACAGAGCUGAAAAGACUUGCCUUUGCAGGAUCUCUCUGCAUUAGAGCAUCUCCAACAUGGCGCCCUACCAUGACCGAGGUAUUGGAGGUCAUGGGAUCAGAAGGGGACAUAGAUAAAGAGAGAUGGAAGAUGCCAGAGGAGGAAAAAGAGCAAGAUGAGUUUUGGGGUUUUGAGGAUCUAGAAUAUGAGUGCAAUAACAGUUCCUUCUCAAUUUCUCCACAUGAUUCCAUUUCAACAGGAAGUUGUUGAUUAAAUUAGCAUCGACGUGUACAUAUAGAUUUACAGAUGUUUGGUAUAUAUAUAAAGCAAGCAUGGAGACAGAGAGAGCUGUUGUUAGCAAGGCCACUUCACGUGAUGAGAUUGUUAUAAAAUUUGUAGUGAUUUGACUCCACAGCGCUGGAACAUCACUUCCUCCCAACACUUUUUUUCAAAUAUCUUUCAUGCUUUUGCAAGAUUGAGAAAAUUGAGAUUGAAAAA